AAUUAGCCAAAACUGGCCAUGUGUAUACUCGUCAUUCUAGAGAGAGAGAAAGAGGGAUGGAGUGAAUAGUGACAAAGUUCGUGAAGCGAUUUGACGAAAAUGAUGCAGCUGACGAAGUUUCAAGACAAACCCUAAUUUUUUUUGUUCUUGAAUGAGGUCAUAUUUGGAUGAUUCGGAGCUUUCCCGUUUUACUUUCUCGUAAAAUGAAUGCAAGGGGUGGACGAGUAUCUAAGAUUCAGAAUUCAAAACAAAUUCAGGGUGAGGGACCAAACUGGGUUCUCAUUGCUGGUGGUGCCUUGUUGAGUACCUUAUCCAUCCGCCUUGGUUACAAGCUGAAGCGGGCACUUGACACAAAGCAACAGUACAAUGCUAAGACUAGCUUGAAAGGGAAUGGAACUUCUGACAGGAUAUCAUCAGGUUGCUGUUUACAUUCAAAUAUGUAUUUAUUUAGCCAGGUCGAUGAUGCUUAUUUCAACUGCAUGUCAGGAUCCCGAAGCAUAGGGGAGAAGCACCCAUCCAACGGUCAGAUGAUGCCCAAAUCUGAAAUUGCUUUACCUCUGGUGACAGUUCCUACUGCUGAUUUCAACAAGGAUAACGGUGCUAUGUGGGCUUCAUCUCCUGAUCGCCUUGAGUUGCCUCCAAAACCAUUCCAUCAUUCCAACUGCUCUGACUCCCCGUGUGUCUCAGAGUCUGGCUCUGACAUAUUUAGCAAGAGGGAAGUGAUACAGAAACUGAGGCAACAGCUGAAGAGAAGAGAUGAUAUGAUACUGGAGAUGCAGGAUCAGAUCAUGGAGCUGCAAAAUUCACUGAACGCUCAGGUAGCAAACUCAACUCAUUUACAAUCGCAGCUUGAUGCAGCAAACAGAGAAUUAUUUGACUCCGAGAUGGAAAUUCAAAGGCUGAGGAAGGCGAUUGCGGACCAUUGUUUACGACAUGCUAGCACGAACGAGAAGACUUCAGCCUUUACAACUUGGAUGUAUGAGUUAAGAAAUAGCCAUACCAAUGGCUAUGUCAAUGGAGACAACUCGGGCUCCCCUGAGAAGGGAAGGGAAGAUGGGGAGAGAAUCGAGAUGCUGAAAAGAGAGGUAGGAGAGUUAAAGGAGGUGAUAGAAGGAAAGGAGUACUUUUUGCGGAGCUACAAGGAGCAGAAGAUGGAGCUUUCCAUGAAAAUCAAGGAGUUGCAAGAGAGAUUGAAUUCACAGCUUCCCAAUAUUUUGUAGGUAAUGAUUAGGAUUUUGUGCAUUCUUGCUUGUCUUCUAAUGUUUCUUUCAUGACUUGAGGAUAAAAAAAGUAUAGUAUAUGCUUCCUUUUCUCCUUUCU